AUGGAUCCCGACUACGCCGCGCGUCCUCCUGCCGACGAAGAUAAAGAUCGCGCCGCAUAUCUCAAUACUGAACAAGCGAAAUUGGUUUUGGCGUUGCUCGAUCUGACCGAGAAUAAGAUCGAGUCAGUCGUACAAGUUAAGCUUUCGGUUCAACGCGAGACUCAGCCCAACAGAUCUGCCAUAGCUCUUGAGGCUGAUGACCAAAUUACGCCCUACAUCGAUUCUGAGAGUUUGAGGCCAACAUCAACAUCUGGUUUCAAUGAGCAGGAAUUCAUCACCGCCGAAAAAGCACGCGCUGCUUCUAAGAAAGAAAAAUUGAUCCAGGACCUGAAGUCUGAUUUUGAACAAACACGCGCUAACUCCGAUAAAGACGCUAUGAUACAGCGCUUACAAGCGGAGCUCAGGGAUAUGACGGUUGAGUGUGAUAUAGAGAAAACAGCCAAUCAGGAUUUUCAAAGGCAGUUGCAAGAGACAAAUUAUACGAUGGCUUUGUGUGAACAACAGUAUGCCGCCGAAAAGGCUAGAAUUCGGAGACAAAAUGAAACAGAUAUGAGAUACCUCAGAAUUGCUGCUGAGCAUAGUUCUAAGGUCCGACGUGGAUGGUUCCAUUCAGGCAAGCAAGUUGAAAUCUGCCGAAAAUUUAUACAAGUUGAUACGAUAUAUCGAGGGCAAGCAGAUCGAAAUGUCAUUAAUCAACGAAAUAACGCUUGUCACUGCGGAAACACCGAACUUGAUUUUUCUCUUUUCAAAAGUCUCCUCAUGACGCCUCAGGACCAAAAAGAUUUCUUUUUAUACUAUUCCGUCCGGCCCGAGACUUAUGACAGUUGGAAUGUUGCCGCAACAUGUCAAAAGCUCCCAAGACUUCUUAACAUGCAUGCUACAAUGUUCAGCAAUUACUACCCGACUUCAUACACUCAUAGUGCAAUGAAUGAUACCAGGUUUGAAAAUUUCUUCGCAGAAUGCUACAAGAUCUAUGACGAUGGAAUCGGAAACGGAACCCCGGAGGCCCGUGGAAAGCAUUUCGACACUGAUCCAUAUGUCGACGAGCUUCUCGGAGAGAUGAAAGAGAUCGUAGAUGAGACUGUUCAAAGCGAGAAGGAGCAGAGCUAUCGUCCCCGUUCGGCAAGAAUCUCCUGGUAUAAGAAAUAA